AUGACAGCACCCAGCACAUUUGGGGAGCUGAACCUCUCCAUCAUUGGCAUCGGCACUGAAUACCCCCCCUAUACGCUGGAGCAUACUUGCCUCGAUAUUCUCGGUGAGAGGUUUUACCCAGAUACACCAUCCAUGAGAAAAGUCCUUGGGAUCAAUAAAUACACCGGCAUCGAAACACGAUCUUCCAUCGGGCUCCCAGACCACCCGGCAGUCAACCAGAAAAAUGCGCCAUCGAUAUCAGAACUUCACCAGCUCUUCCAUUCUGACGGUGUUCCCCUAGCCAUACGCGCCGCUCGCAAGGCCAUCGCCGAGGCCAAGAUCGAUACCCGCUUCAUAACCCACAUCGUCGCCACGACCUGCACAGACAGCGCCAACCCGGGCUUUGACCACUUCGUUGCAAAGGGGCUGGGUAUUACCCAUGGAGUCGAGAAGGUUCUGUUACAUGGCGUCGGCUGCAGUGGUGGAUUGGCCACCCUGCGUACAGGCGCGAACCUGGCCCUGGGACAUAGAGCUCGAGGUUUACCUGCUCGCGUAUUAUGUGUCGCACUAGAGGUCAGCACUACCAUGGUGCGGAGUGAGUUGGAUAGCAUCAAUGAGCUGCAGGAGACGAGAAUAGGCGCAUGUCUCUUUUCUGACUGUGCCAGCGCUGUUGUUUUGAGCAACGGCAUUGGUGAGCCCGCCGAGUCCGUCUAUGACCUGCUAGGCUGGGACCAUAGGGUAAUACCAGAUACCGAGCAUGAUCUAGGGUUCGACGUCGACCCUGUUGGCUGGAAAGUCAUUCUGACCCCACGGGUCCCAAAGCUCACGGGGGCUGCAAUUGCGCCAGCAUUCAACGACCUCAAGGCCUCGUUGCCGCGUUUGCCUCCAGAUUAUCAGAGCGCCGCCGACUUUGACUGGGCCAUGCACCCUGGUGGUGCUACCAUCCUCACCGGUGCCGAGCAAGCCAUGAAUAUUACCCCGGAACAUAUGAGAGCAAGCUACGACACCUACAUCAACCAUGGAAACUCCAGCUCUGCCACCAUCUUCAGCGUCAUGGAUCGCCUGCGUUCCAAGGACAUGGAUGCCAUGAGUCCCGGUGGGCGUCUGCGCGAGUAUGUCGUGGGAUGUGCUUUUGGACCUGGGAUAUCCGUAGAGAUGUGUAUGCUGAAGCGCAAUCUCAGCCUUGGCUCGAGUAUCGUCGGCCUACAAACUCCACCACAAACACCCCCCGAAACGGAGAGCGAGCCAAGUGAGGUCGGCGACGGUGAGUGGGGCCCCGAGAUGAGCGGGUCUUCGGACGGGAAGGAUGCGGUGAUCGAGUCUCGGGAUCAAGACGCGGCGUUUGUAGCGAAAGCAUUGGAGCAUCUAGACCUGGAUUAG